AUGGCCAUGAAGCUCGGUUCCAGCCGCUUGGAAGUUCUGGUCAACAAGUCCCUCUUUUGCAUCCAGACUGCCGGCCGAAAGCUGGAGCAAUGCAUCGACGAUGGCACGGGGCGCUCUGGCGGCUUCGGGCCUUUUGAUGACCAGAAGACCUGGGUCCCAGUGGACAUUCGGAAGGCGGGCCCCAGCUCCUUGGUGCUGGACCUGUCCAAGACGGGCCAGGCCUACGCCAUUCGCUACGCCUGGCAAGGGGACUGCUGCGACCAGAGGCCUCCCACUUCGGAGCCCUGCCCGGUGGCCAGCUGCCCGCUGCUGGCCAUGCCCUCCGGCUUCCCCGCCAACCCCUUCAUCGCGCGCCUGGAGAACGGUCGGUGCAAGUGCAUUGCACCCCAGAGCUGCGACGACGGCGCGGAGGAGAUCAUGGUUUGA